AUGAAGAAGGUUUUUACUAACUCAAUUCUAUUUAUUUUAAUAUUUAUUUUAAAGUCCAUAAAUGGAUAGUUAGACCAAUUAGAUGAAAUUGAACAAUACAUCUAAUCUAAACUAAACAAAUAAGGCAUUGAUAAUAACUACGAUAAUGACAUUUUUAAUACUCCAACCACAAAUGAUAAUAAUAAUAAUAAUAAUAAUAAAAAAGGUGAUAAUGGGAAACAAUUAUCACCUGAAAAAUGCAAUUAUAGUUAACUUGAAUUCUUAAAGGAUUUUAGUUAUAACAUAACAGAGUAAGGAGUCAUUAACGCUACUGGGCUUACUGAUACAGUGAUUGUUAAUGAUAUUGAUUUAGAUAUGAUUUAGUGCUCAUCUUUCAAAAUUAUCUUCAACAAUAUGUUUUUUCUUAAAAUUAAUGGAAUUAAGGCUACAAAUUAAGUGUUUUAGGGGAGUAUUAACUCACCAAGUAGCAGGAGAGUAAAUCAGCAGCUAUUUUAUUUUAAAAAUGUCAACAAAGUUUAAUUGGAAAAUGUGGAUUUUUACAAUGUUACUCUGAAUAAUGUUAUAAUAUUUGAAAUAGAUUAAAAUGUCAAAUAUUUUGGUCUUAGUUCAGUGCAAAUGAGAUAUAUCUCCACAGAUUAACUAUUUUUAUAAGCGAAGAAGUUCGAAAUAAUCAAAAUAGAAAACAUCACUUUUUAGAAUAUUAAGUAAAACGAAUAUAUGAGAAUAUUUUACUUGUAGUCAGGCACAGGGGUAGAGUUAGUAGACGUAUUUAUGAACGGGAGACAAGACAUUUCUUUAGAGGGAUUCUUUUGCUUUAUAGAUAUAAAAAAUGUAAAAAUAGAAAACUUGAAAUUAGAAAAUGUGUUUCUUAUUAUGAGCAUGGAGUAUUACACAAGUAAAAUAGAGAUCAAUGAUUUCCCAUCAGUCUUCAGGUUUUUCGGUAUUUCAUACUUGAGGAUAAAUAAGUUUAGGAUAACGGAUUGCUAAAUAGCACAUAGUUUUUUGAUGAUGAACAUAAAUCCAUUUGCUUUUUACGAUUCUCAAAAUGCAAUGAAAGGAUAGUCCUAGAAAAACAAUAUUGAGUUCGACUAGAUUUAUUUUGACAAUAUUAAAAUAAACUAUGACAAAGAGUAUAUAGAAGAAAUGAUUUAUUUAAGAAAAAGCUAGAUAAAUCAUGGAUUUAUUAAUAUUUUGUCUUCGAAUUAUGAGAACGGUCAGGAAUCUUUAAUUGAUUUAAAGUUGAAUAAUGCAGUUUUUAAAGAUAUACAGAAAGCAAGAAUGAACGACAAUGAUGCUGGAGGAAUUUUUAAUUUUAUGAAUUACAAGAAUAUUUAGCUUGUAAAUAUUACAGUUGAAAAUUGCCACUCUCCUAAUGCUAUUAUUAAGAUAAUGAAAGGUGAUAUUAUAGUAAUUAAAGAUUCAAAAUUAAUAAACAAUUCAGUUUCUUACCAAGGAGGAGGUAUAGUCCAUAUUAAAGUUUCCAAUAACAUAAUUAUACGCUAGACUAAAUUUAUCAAUAAUUAAUCUACUGAAGGAGGCGCCAUACAUAGCGAAUUUAUAGGAUAUUUUAAAGUAUAAGAUAGCUUAUUUCAAGAUAACGUGGCAAGACUAGGAAAUGGAGGAGCAAUAAAUGCCAUACAUGUUAAGCUUAUUUAUGUAAAAAGCACUAUUUUCGACAGCAACGUUUCAGUGAAAGCAGGAGGAUCACUUUACAUAAAAUCCAGUCAUUAUUUUGGAUGUGUAGGAUUUUCGAAUAUAACUGCAAUAAAUAAUAAAUAUGAAAAAGAGUAUAACGCUUAGUAUGGCGGAUUUGCUUUUAUUUAAGAAACUCAUACAGUAAUAGUAAAUGACACUCACGUUAGAGAUUUUUACUCUGAAAUAACAGGCGGAGCUUUUUAUUUUAGUGAAAUUUACAAUAUGAGUCUCUCUGGUAUCACUAUUUACAACUGUUCUAGCUCUUAGUAUGCAGGUGCUGCAUUUUUAAGCAAAAUAGGGUUACCUAAUUUAGGAGGCUCAACUUUUUUAAAACCUAAAAUAACCAUGUAAAUAGAAAAUUGCAAGUCUUACUUUGGAGGAGGUUUAUUUAUAUAGAAUGAUGAUAUUAAUUUAGACCUAUCUAAUAUCACAUUUAUAAAUAAUUUUGGUAAAAUAGAAGGUCAUGAUUCAAUUUAAAAUUUCUAAUCAUUAGUUGUGUAAAAAAUUCAAGAAUCUAACUCUGAUUUGCUUAAUAGUCAUAAGAAUGUACCAUUUUAAAGAUCGAUGUCAGAUUGGAGUGUAGAAAUAAAAGAUUUUCGGAGUGGAAGCAAAGUUUUAUUUGAGUUUCACAUAUUCGCUCUUCAAAUUGAUGACAUAAAUACAAAAAUAUCGAUAAAUCCAAAUCCGGAGCAUAAAGGAUAUGAAGAUGUAAAAAAUGGAUCAUAUGAGAUUAUAGAUGAAAACAAUUGGGAGUCUUAAAGCAAAUCUUAACAGUCUCAAAUUAGAAAUUAAAGUAGAAAAAACAGAGAUAUAUCCGAUUUUCUAUAAAUAUAAAAAGUAGAUGAGAAUGAUGCCUCUCAUUACAUUUCCCUUUUACAAGAGGUGGAUUUAUAAUCUAAAUUUUUUGCUUAUUCAUCAUAUUUCAUCAAGGGAAAUGAUAAAAGGAGAUUAAAGUUCUCAUUAAAAAUGAGAUAUCCUUAUUACCAAGAUUAAAUUUUUGAUGAUAAUUUUAAUGUUCAAGUCAAUAUUUAGUUUAGAGACUGUAAGGAGGGAGAGUUUCGAAUGAACUACUAAGCUGAAAUUUGUUAUUAAUGCCCGUACAGCACAUAUUCAUUUGAAAAGCCUACUGAUAUGACAACUUGUAAAAAUAAACCAAAUGGUGUUAAUAGCAGCUAUGGAAAUUAUUGGAAUUUAGAAAAGGGAUUUUGGAGAAGUGAAUCAAAACCUGAAGUGCUUGUGGAGUGUUCAAACUUAAAAGAAAAUUGUAAGGGGGGAGAUUAAUUUGACAAUUUUCUUUGCUCUGAGGGGCAUAUUGGACCUUUAUGUGAAGAAUGUGAUAGUAGCAGAUAAUUUUGGAAUGAAACUUAUGCUAAAACAGGGCUUUUUAGCUGCACAAAAUGUAAAGAUAUAAAAAAUAACAAGCUAAUUAUUUUAGGAGUGUGUUUGGCUUUGUUAUCACUACUUAUCAUUAUACUUUUUAGUACUUAUAAAAAGGUUACAAACAAUAUUUAUAGAUACUAUUUGACGAAGAUGAAAAUAUGCUAUAUUGGUAGCUCUUACUACAAAAUGACUCUUUCAACAGCUUAUUUAAAGAUCUUUCUUAAUUUUUUAUAAACAAUCUAGAUGUCUCAACUAAUCAGAUUCAAAGAUUUUAGAGAUAUUUUAGUUGUAAGCAAUAUUGUUGGGCAACCUUUGUAAACCGUAUUUUUUUCAGUGGAUUGUUGGCUUUCUGAGUAUAUGAGCAGUAAGAAGGAACUCAUUGAAACUAAGAUUCUAUUUGUCAUUUUAGCUCCAUUUAUAUUUGUAAUUGUAAUAAGUGGAAUAUCGUUUUUAAUAAAUAAAUUUAAUAAGAAAAUCAACAUUAACAAAAUCAAAUAUAUAACAAAUACAGUAAUCAUUUAUGGUUUGAUUAACAUAUUUAGUAUCAAUUGCUUUAGAAUUCUUGUCAACACUUUAUUCUGCAGAGAAAUUGGUUAAAAACUUUAUUUAAAAAUAGAUCUCACUAUCUAGUGUGAUGAUAACUAAGAAUUGGUUUAAAGAUAGCUAUUUUUAUACUUUCCAUCUUGUGUUCUUUGGACCUUUUUGGUACCUUCUAUAAUAUUCUAUGGGUUAUUUAAAUAAAGAUCUCGUUUAAACAAUAUUGCAGUAAGAUAUAAAUAUGGCUUCCUGUAUAACGAAUAUAAAAACGAAUAUUUCUACUGGGAUUUUAUUCGAAUGGCAAAGAAUAUCGUCCUUCUCAUAAUAGCGAAUCAAUAUCAAAGCAAUAGUAUGUGGAUUUUUUCUAUCAUAUCUAUUGUAAUUACCUAACUUUACACAGUCUGCUUAAUAAUCAUACGCCCGUUUAACACUUCUCAUUUGAAUAAAUAAGAAUUUUAAAGUAGUGUUUUAGUUUCAAUAACUUUUUUUGCUAGCUUAAUGAUGAGUUUGCAAGAAAAUAUGAAUUCUUAUAGGCUUACAGAUAUUGAUUAUUAGAAUAAAAAGAUUGGUAGCUAUAAUGAUAACCAAGAUAACUUAAUUUAUAUGAUUGGAGUUUUUGUUGCUUUUUUGAUUUGCGCAUUUUCAGUUAAAACUAUAUUUAAUAUCUUUACCAGCUUUUUUGAAAGGCGGUUACUAUUUUCAAAAAUUAUGGCAUGCAUUUUCAACAGAUCAGUGAGUUUUAGGACAUUUGUCAACAUUAAAAAGCUGAGAAAGCUCUUUGAAGGAAUUGUAGAAUUUUCAAAAACAGAAAACAGAUCAAAAUAUGAUGAAUCUUUGAAGAAUUUUAUGAUAAGAUAUAAAAAUAUGAGUGUAAGCGAAUAAGCUAAAUUAAAAUAUUAAAUAUCUUAAACUCCUUAGUUGCAAAAUAUAUUUACUUAAAAUGAACUAAACAACAAAAACAAAGAAAAUAUUGAAAUGUCAUAGUCUAUAAGCUUAAAGAUGAACAAUCGAACAUAGAAAAAUAUAUUUAGUAUUUUCUAAAAAUAUUCAAGCAGUGUAUUAUCUGAGAAAGAAUCUGGUAUAAAUUAGGACCAUAACUAAGAACAGAAAAAUAAUAAAAAUAUUUAAUUUGCUUAAGUAUCAUAUAACCAAAUUACCUAAAUUGUUUCUUCUCAAAUUAUCAGUAGCAACAGCAGUGAUUCGCUUAAAGCUCACCUAAUAUCUUAUUAAAAUGAAAAUUAGAAAUCAGAAAAUUGA